UACUGUAAUUUCGAUCGCAGCCAAUGUGGGUUUGUGCAACGACGAGAUGACAAGUUCGAUUGGACCAGGAAAAAGGGUGCGACAUCUUCCGGGGGUACAGGUCCUUACUCUGACGCAAAAGGAAGAGGUUACUACAUGUACAUAGAAGCAUCGCGAAAAAGAAAAGAUGAUAACGCCAAGUUAGAGAUUCUCCCUGAUCUUGUUUCUGGAAAGACCUGCAUUUCCUUUUUUUAUCACAUGCGCGGUGGUCAAAUGGGAACACUUCGGGUGCUGGUGGACGGAAAUCAAGUUUUCGAGAAAAGUGGACAUCAAGGAAACGACUGGCGUAAAGCUGAGUUCACUGUUGAAGGAGGUGCUUCAUCAGUUGUGUUUGAAGGAAUUGUAGGACGAGGCCACCAGUCUGACGUGGCGAUUGAUGAAGUGAAGAUAGAAAACUGUGGGGAAGGGGGUGGUGGCCAAGCCACAAUGAAACCGCCAGCACCUCAACCAGAAACUACUCCGCCGCCUCGUCCACAUACAGCGGUUCCACCAACAGGCGAGUGUGGCUUCCGUCCUACCACCAGGAUAGUCGGUGGUGAAAAUGCACCACCGGGGGCUUGGCCAUGGCAGGCGAUGCUGAGGUGGUCUCCCACUGGGUAUGUGUUUUGCGGUGGUACCUUAGUCGCUCCUCAGUGGGUUGUCACGGCCAGUCACUGUGUCUCGAAGGCAGGCGGAGAUCCCGUAUAUAUCAGGCUUGGUGCUCACAAACAGUCAGAAAGUAUGGGAACAGAACAGGACUUCACAGCCAGUAAAAUUAUUUUACACCCAUUGUACCACAAACCAAUUGGGAUGAGUCAUGAUAUCGCACUUCUCAAGCUGGAUAGACCGGCUGCACUCACCAGGCAGGUGAACCUGGUAUGUCUUCCUCAAAGUAUCCCAGCUCCACUUGAAGGAACCAAAUGCUGGAUCACAGGGUGGGGAAAGACAGCUUCGGUCGGUGGCUCGAGUGGGAAGGUUCUGAAGCAGGCGACUGUGCCGAUAGUGGGACGGAACCGCUGUGAGUGGUCUUACUUGGGACAGAUUCACGAGUCCAUGAUUUGUGCCGGGCUGGACCGAGGUGGUGUUGACUCUUGUCAAGGGGAUAGUGGAGGACCCAUGGUGUGUGAGACCGGCGGAAAGUUUUACCUACAGGGUGUGACUAGUUGGGGAAAAGGAUGUGGCAGGCCUAAUAAGUAUGGUGUCUAUGCUAGGGUAAAAUACCUUUUGGAAUGGCUGAAGAAAGAAAUGGCUAGGAAUUAAGUUACCAAGUUAAAUGAGGUUCCAGCUCUUGAGGAAGCAACUACAGUGAAACUACGAAAAUUACGAAAAUAAAAUUUUAAAAAAGUAA